UGAAGCUUUGUCUCGCCUCGGAAUCAUCAGUACAGCAACACGCCUCCAAGCGCGCACAAGGAGUACGCUUUCGAAGGCGACCUUUACUUUUUGUACUUACGACGCGGCUUACUUGUCGCGACAUUUGUAUGCGGUUCACGACGCGUCGCCUUCGAUGAUACGUCAACAAUCGUGCUACAAAGUGCAACAGAUAUAAAAUUAUUAGAGGAUUAUUUACUGUAAGGCAGUGUUGAUAUAGUGGCUGUUCGACACUUGUGAAAAAUCUCAUCGUGUCGAAUAAAAUUAAAAGAAUACAUCGGUGAUUGAGAAACGAAAGUGAAAGCAGACGGAGUGAAAACUCGGAUGUACAUACUAGGAGGAAACGAGGGAGAAAAAUGGGCACGAAAGUACUCAUCGAAAUGCAGCAGCAGCUGAGACACGCGGUGUCUAGUUCAGAAAACGCACCAAGCAGUACGAAAAAGGUAGACGACCAAAUGGACAUCGACAACUCGAUAUUCUUAGUAUUCGAGGAUAUUUCCUAUAAAGCCCGUCCAUGGAUAUUUUCCAGAGAGAAGACCGAAUUGCUGAAAAACUUGAGCGGUGAAUUCAGAGCCGGCGAACUGACUGCAAUAAUGGGAUUAUCGGGUGCUGGAAAGUCGACGCUGAUGGAUGUUUUGACAGGCUUUAUAACGGCUGACGUGACUGGGAAUAUAAUGGUUAAUUCAAAACCUAGGAAUCUCAAUGAAUUUCGACGGUUCUCUGCGUACAUAAUGCAAAACGACAAUUUGCAGCCACUGUUGACGGUACAGGAAGCAAUGAACGUCGCUGCAGAGCUGAAACUUACCGCUAGUCCGCAACAAAAGAAACAAAAGAUCGAGCAGAUCUUGAUCACAAUGAGCCUGGACACGUGUCGACACACGCGUACAGGACAACUCAGCGGUGGAGAAAGAAAAAGGCUUGCAAUUGCACUAGAAUUAAUUAACUGCCCGCCAAUUUUGUUUCUCGACGAACCUACUAGCGGAUUAGAUAGCGUCACUUCAAAGUAUUGUAUAACAUUGCUAAAGCAAUUGGCAAAGUCAGGACAAACGGUGAUUUGCUCGAUUCACCAACCGAGCGCUUCUCUGUUGAACAUGGUUGAUCAUCUUUACGUGAUAGCUGAUGGAAGCUGCGUUUAUACCGGUAGCACGCAGAAUUUAGUACCUUAUUUGAGCGGCCUCGGUUUCCAGUGUCCGACGCACUACAAUCCAGCUGACUACCUGAUGGAGAUUUGUAAUGGAGAUUACGGUAGACACGUAUCAAAACUGAUAAACGCCAUCGAAAAUGGAAAGAACAAUGCUUGGAGGUCAACGAGCAAUGUAACCACUGCCAAUCAUCAGGAGGAAGUAAUCGCUUUAAACGUGAUGGCUUCCUUCCAAGCACUUCGGCAGCGAUCCGCGAUGGAAACGGAUUACGCCCGUAGACGCAGGUUCACCUCAGAAUAUGCGACGAAUUUUUGGAAACAGUUAGCCGUCCUCCUCAAAAGAAAUGCCAUUAAACUAUCCCGGGACAAGGUAUUAACAUUCACACGGCUCUCGAUGCAUUUUAUAAUCGCUUUGAUCGUCGGUACAAUUUAUUUCCGAAUCGGACAGGACGCUGUAUACGUGUUGGAUAAUUUCAAUCUUCUAUUUUUCAAUGUAAUGUUUCUAAUGUUUAGCGCGUUCAGUGCAACUGUAACAACAUUUCCCUUGGAAUUACCAAUCAUUAUGCGGGAACAUUUCAAUCGCUGGUACAAAUUACACUCCUUUUAUUUGGCCAACAAAUUAGCCGACAUUCCAAUUCAAUUCACUGCAAUUUCUUUAUACAUUCUCAUAGUCUAUUAUAUGAGCAAUCAGUUGUUCGAACUCAAACGAUUUUGUUUGUACACGGUAAUGUGUUGCGCUAUUAGCUUGGUUGCCCAAACGAUAGGAUUGUUGGUUGGAACUGGAAUGAAAGUCCAGCAUGGUAUGAUCUUUGGACCACUUAUGAUUCUUCCAUUCUUGAUAUUUAGCGGAUUCUUUGUACAGUUUAGAGAUGCUCAUCCGUGGUUACGUUGGAUAUUUCACUUGUCGUUUCUUAAAUACGGUUUUGAGGGUGUAAUGAUUGCCAUUUAUGGUUACAACAGACCAAAACUUUCAUGUUCAGACGUUUAUUGCCACUUUGCUAUACCAGAGACGCUAUUAAACGCCAUGGACAUGAAACAAGCUGAUUAUUGGUUUUCUUUGAUCGUAUUGGCUGGGUUGUACGUUAUCUUGGAUCUGACAACGUUUACGUUGCUGAAAUUCAAAUCGGAAAAACGUGUGUAACGGAAAGAAAAAACAACACCAAUGUUACGAGUGAGAUUUUAAUGAAUUAGGUUUUAUUAUAAACAAUUCAUGUUGUGUUCACUGUAAAUAGAACAAUAUAAGGAAAUUACCGUCAAAGACUGAUUUGCCUUUAAAAUGUUGCUGUAGAAAAAGGAAAAGGAAGUUUUAUAAAGACUAUUUGUUAAAACGAUCGUGAUUGCAUUUAUUGCGAUUUUAUUAAAAUAGAAAAAAUGAUAUGCAUAAGUGUGUAUAGCAGGUUUCUUUAAAUUAAUUCGGUGCCUUUUGAAUAAUUGCCAUAAUUUUUGAAAAAUAAAUCUUUAAUUAAAAAGGAAAAGGCACUGAAUUAAUUUGUCUAUGCGAACAGAAAGGGUAGCCUCUUGUGCAAUACAACUGAUUUGUUUGCCAGCUAAACAGGAAUAAAAAUUCUGUUAUCUUGAGAUAGUGUAUCACUCAUCAAUGAUAUUCUUUUAAUGCUGUUAAAUGCUGUUUCGUCUUGUACGAUAAGAAUAGAAAUUUUGUAUAAAUUACGUUCACAUGAAACGUAAUAAGCAUACAUAAGGUCAAACAGAGCGUAUUUAAGCAUAUUUUUUAUACUUUUCACGUUCAUUCUUAUAAAUUAUAAUGAACGAAGAAAUAUAUGAUCAUGUAUUAAAAAUGUUUUUUAGUAGUCCAAGUAAAGAACGACUAUUUAAUCUACCAAAGAAUUAAUAGAACGGGGAAUAUCGAAAAAGAUCAUGUCCUGUUCAUUUUUAGCUUCUUUAAAUUUAAAAUAAGAUUUUAUAUGAUUUUAAA